AAAUGUAUCCUCUGUAGUCUGUUUAGGUAAAACUUUCCACUCUAUACUCACUCUCUCUCUCUGUGUCUCUCCGAUCACCACCGCUUCUUCUUCUCCAAGAUAAAGCUCAAGUGUAACUAUUUUCACUCCCUAGCAUUCUAUUUUCUGUAAUUUUGUGUGGUUAUUGAGGAAAAAAUGGCUGGAAAAGGAGAAGGGCCGGCAAUCGGGAUCGAUCUUGGAACGACUUACUCUUGCGUGGGGGUUUGGCAACACGAUCGUGUUGAGAUUAUAGCAAAUGAUCAAGGAAACCGAACGACGCCAUCUUAUGUUGCGUUCACCGAUAAGCAGCGUUUGAUUGGCGAUGCUGCGAAGAACCAAGUCGCCGCCAACCCUAUCAACACUGUUUUCGAUGCUAAGCGUCUAAUCGGAAGAAGAUACAGUGACGUCACUGUUGAGAGCGACAUAAAACUAUGGCCAUUCAAGGUCACACCCGAUCAAGACGACAAACCCAUUAUAGGAGUAACAUACAAGUAUGAAGAGAAACAAUUCUCCGCCGAAGAAAUCUCCUCAAUGGUCCUCGGAAAAAUGAAAGAAAUCGCCGAGGAUUACCUCGGCACCACAGUCAAUAAUGCCGUCAUCACCGUUCCCGCCUACUUCAAUGAUUCUCAGCGACAAGCCACCAAAGACGCCGGAGUCAUCGCCGGUCUCAACGUCAUGCGGAUAAUCAACGAGCCCACUGCAGCUGCCAUCGCUUAUGGUCUCGACAACAAAGCUAGUAGCAACGGUAAGAAAAAUGUGCUUAUCUUUGACCUUGGGGGCGGAACAUUUGAUGUCUCUCUAUUAAUCAUCGAAGAAGGUAAAUUCGAGGUUAAAGCUACUGGCGGAGAUACCCAUUUGGGGGGUGAGGACUUCAAUAACAGAAUGGUGAACCAUUUCGUUCAGGAAUUCAGGAGAAAGCUGAAGAAGGAUAUUAGUGGGAACCCAAGAGCUUUAAGGAGGUUGAGGACUUCUUGUGAAAGAGCUAAGAGGGCUCUUUCCUCGACACCUGAAACUACAAUCGAGAUCGAUGCAUUAUAUGAGGGGAUUGAUUUUUCCUCGACGAUUACUCGGGCCAGGUUCGAGGAGCUCAACAUUGAUUUGUUCAGGAAGUGUAUGGAGCCAGUGGAAGGUUGUUUGAGGGAUGCAAAAAUGGGCAAGAGCAAUGUCGACAACGUUGUUCUUGUUGGUGGGUCCACUAGGAUUCCCAAGGUCGGGCAAUUGUUGCAGGAUUUCUUCGAUGGGAAGGAGCUAUUCAAAAACAUUAACGCUGAUGAGGCUGUAGCUUAUGGUGCUGCGAUUCAAGCCGCUAUUUUGAGUGGUGAGCGGAAUGAGAAAGUUCAGGAUUUAGUUUUGUUGUUGGAUGUCACUCCGCUUUCCCUUGGUUAUGAAACUCAAGGUGAGGUUAUGACGGUAUCGAUUCCGAGAAACACCAGCAUUCCGACGAAGGAAGAGAGGGUUGUCACUACUUGCACUGAUAACCAAACCUCUGCUUUGAUUAAAGUCUAUGAGGGGGAAAGAACUCAAACCAGAGACAACAACUUAUUGGGCAAAUUCGAGUUCACUGGAAUUCCUCCUGCUCCUAGGGGUGUCAGUAAGCUCAAGGUUUGUUUUGAUAUCGAUGUGGACGGUAUUCUUAAUGUGUCUGCAGAGGACGAAACUACCGGACGUAAGAAGAAGAUCACGAUCACGAACAAUAAGGGCAGGUUGUCAAAAGAGGAGAUUGAGAAAAUGGUGCAUGAGGCUGAGAAGUACAAGUCGGAAGACAAGGAGUACAAGAAGAAAGUGGUGGCAAAGAACGCGCUGGAGGAUUACGCUUAUACAAUGAGGAACGUUAUUAGGGAUGAGGAGAAUGGAGCGAAGAUUCCUCCAGCUGACAAGAAGAAGAUUGAAGCUGCGUUUGAGCAAGCAAUUCAGUGGUUGGAUGGGAACGAGCUUGCGGAGACGGAGGAGUUUGAGUAUAAGUUGCAGGAAUUGGAGGGAAUUUGCAACCCUAUAAUUGCUAUGAAUAAGUUGAUUACGAUGUUCGAAUCUUCACUUUGAGGAUUUCAGUUGUCCUCUGCAAAUUAAAUGUAGUACCUUUUGGGUAUUUCCUUUCUUUAUUUAGGUAUUUUUUGUUUUGGGUUUUUGGUUUUGCUUCAGAAACACUAUUCUCGCAUCUUUACUAGCUAUGUCAUUUCCUACAAAUAGAUGGUGAAAGGGUUGUUUUUGCCAGUAAAAAUGUUCGGAUUACUCUUUAUUUUUCAAA